GAAAAUCUCACUUCUUUCAUCUUGUUAAAAUCAACAUUCUUCUGUAGAAACAUCCAUUAACAUUUAAAAGAAGAAAAAAAAAGGCUUCCUCGUUUCUAAUUUCUCUCGGGUCGUGCAUGGCAGUGAGUUUAUUGGCGCGUGAGGUAUCCGACCUAUGCCUUGGGAAGCCUGCGCUGAGGUCCCUCUCUAUCUCCUCCACGGUUGCCGACGCGUUGUCCGCUUUGAAGAGAUUCGCUGACAACUAUAUCAGUGUGUGGAACUGUGAUCAUCGUCAUUCGUCGGAAGCCGACAAGAUUGACGCCGGUUUUGAUGAGUGUCGUUGUGUAGGCAAAGUUUGCAUGGUGGACAUCAUUUGUUUCUUAUGUAAGGAAGAAAACCUGUCGAAUCCUGGAACUGCUCUUCAGGCUUCGGUUUCUAUCUUAAUUCCUAAGGCUCCUGGCUUUGUCCGACAUUUAGAACCUAACGCAAGCUUGGUGGAAGCCAUAGAUCUGAUUCUGGAAGGAGCACAAAAUCUUGUUAUACCAUUAGAAAUCGGCACCAUGAAUUCAAGAAAAAAGCUUCUCCAAAAAAGCCCGUCCAAUUCAACCCUUCAUAACAACCAGCAAUAUUGUUGGCUAACUCAAGAAGAUAUAAUUCGUUACCUCCUCAAUUCUAUUGGUUUGUUUUGCCCCACUCCUAUUAAUCCAAUCAACUCCCUUAACAUCAUCGAUGCCCGGAACAUCAUGGCCGUUCAUUAUGAUGACCCGGCUUCCUUGGCCUUACCCUUCAUUGCUCAAUCCCUUGAGAUGCAAACUUCUGUUGCAAUUGUCGACGCAGACGGUAAGUUGAUUGGAGAAAUUUCCCCUUUCACGUUGAAUUCUUGUGAUGAGGAUGUAGCAGCUGCCAUUGCCACCCUUUCAGCUGGUGAUUUGAUGGCUUAUAUAGACUGUGGUGGAGCACCGGAGGAUUUGAUUCAGUUGGUGAAAGAGAGGUUGCAAGCGAGGAAUUUAGCCCAAGCUUUGGAAUUGAUGGAAGAAGAUUCACGGAUUUCAUCAGGAGCUUCAUUUUCAUCAUCUUAUUCGUCUUCGUCCGAUGAGGAGUUUGGGGUAUGGAGGAGUAUUGGGAGGUCAGGAGGGUAUUCAGCUAGGGUGGUGAGGAGAUCAGAGGCGAUUGUGUGUUACCCAUGGAGCUCGUUAGUGGCAGUGAUGAUUCAGGCACUUGCACACCGUGUAAGUUAUGUGUGGGUUGUCCAAGAGGAUGGAACUUUAGCUGGGAUUGUUACCUUUGCUGGAAUGAUGAAAGUUUUCCGGGAACGUUUUGAGGACUACACCUUAGGGUAGUAUUCAAGAAUCCAGAAGAUAACAGCAAAAAUACUAAGGAAUCCAUUAUUAAACCUAUAUUUGGUGAUUAUGAUUCAGAUGUAUUAAAUCAGGCAGAUCCAUUUGCAUAAAAGAAAAUCAAUCUGAAAGUAAUCGACCUAAUAAAGAUAUAUCAAACUUGAGAAACAAUUUCAAAAAAUAUCAUCCAAGGAGGUCCAAAUAUUUGGAGCAAGGGAUCCUUUAAGGCAUUCCUACAGUCACCAGAAUUUAACAGCGAAUCGCAUUUGUAUAUAAACCUAGACACCAUUCUGAUGCUUAGUGCUUCACUGCUGUAAGCUAAUUUCAAAGCAUGAAAGAAAGUUAUCAGAGGAUGUGUUUCCAAUUUUUUUUCUUAUUACCUAUAUCAUUGUUUAUCUUACACAAUGAUGACAAGAAGCCAUGCGCAUUGUAUUUUGUACGAGAAAGGAAAAAGAACACACAAAAAAUGAGAGCGAGCAGAGAAAGUUUAGAAAUGAAUCGUUGAAGCUUUCAUAACUGCUAUCAUAAUGAGUAAAAUAACCUAUGGUUGAGCUCAGAUAUACAUGAUGAUAAGGCAUCUCUUGCAGAUUUUUGGAGUCCAUAUGGAGUGCAUCUUCGUAUAACCUCUUCGACUGCUGUAGCAACUUCACCUUCCCUUUACUAUUACCAGGCCUUAAGCAAGAUCUUUGCUGCAAUAUGGCUCCCCAUCUAAAGAGGGCAGUAAUUCAAACAAAAGAAGGAGUAAGGGAUA